AUCAAUUCAAAAGUUAUUCCCAAUCAUCGUUCAAGUCCACGGUAGUGUUGUGGUGAACAAUAUCAAAUGUAUUUGAACAUUUAAUCCUAUUGGUUGUUCAUAGAGUGUUAAUAAAUUUAAAUUAUGUCGUCGAAUAAAGAGCCGUGUCGUGUAUGGUGCCGUUUCGAACGUAAGAGGAAAGACGGUAGUGUUUUAAAAUUACGAAUUCAGGAUCCACCAAGCUCAGCUCAAGAUCACGUCAAAGACUUUAUAGCCAAAUAUUUUCUAACAGAAGAAACAUUUCAAAAGGCUGCAGGAAUAAGUUCCAAUCCUGAAGCGGUAGAAGAAUAUCGAGGAAUUUUGGAAGUAGUAAUAAAAUUAUGGACCGUUGUAAUUUGCUGUUACGAUGAUAGCGAAGAGGUUGGGGAUAUUCUCGGAGUAUCCAUUGUAGAGUUGGUUGAAGAUGAUUCAUUUGACGGUCAACAGUUACAGAUGGUUGAAAACCGAAAAUUAUUUCAAAUAGUAGGAGAAUGUGAAAAUUUAGUUAAACCAUUAAUAAAAGAUCUAAAAGGCUACCAUAGUGGAAGAGGAAUCACUGUUCAUCCUGACUGGAGAGGACUUGGUAUCGCAACUGAAUUUGUGAAGAUAAGACGACAGAUGAUAAACGAACAAAAUAUACCAAUGUCGUGUGCGUGGAUGACGUCGUAUGGUUCUCAAAAAGCGGCAGAGAAAGACAACUGGGAGACGAUGUUUGAGAUAGCGCCAGAAGAACUGGGACAAAGGUGUGACGUAGCCUUCAUAGAUCCUCCAAAAACGUUUAAAUUAAUGUUUGUAAGAAAUCCUAACAGUACUAAACAGUGGUCGAAUUGAUUUUAAAUAAAAAUUUUAGUUUA